CCUGGACGCCGGUCUAUCAAGGGCCAAACAAAAUCUCUUAUCCCGUUUCCUGCCCAAAAUCUCUAAUAUAGACGCAUCCAGAGUGAUAAUUUAACGGUAAUGUCAACUCAGAUACUGUUGAAAAAGUGGGCGCGCCAGCGCGAGAAGCAGGAGCAGAAGAUUGAGAAGUCCUUGGCAGCGAAGGACUUCUUCGACAAGAACCGGAACUUGACAUCUCACUUUGACUCCUGGACCACACCUCAGUUUUAUCAGCGAAGUAGUGAUCAGAUAGAGCAAAGCAAAGCUUCGCAGAGGCGCGAAGAAGAGCUGGAAGAGCGUCGGCAACGCUUACGAGAUCUGCGGCUGAAUGAGGAGCAGCAGUGGCAUCAGGAGCUUCGAGAAGGUCACCGAACGCGUUCCAGACCCUCCACCAAGUGCCUCACGGACAUCAAUAAUCACCUCAGUGAGAGUGUGCUUGAGGAGAAGCGCAAAUGUGACCUGGAGAGUCAGCUGUACAGUCGCUGGAGAUCUGACGCUACUCGAGACAAGAUCAUCCAUGAGAGCAGGAGCACUCAUGAGGCUCUUGCAAAGCUGAGCUGGCUGGACAAACAAGUGGAGCAGAAGAUUGAGCGCGAGAAGAAGGAGAAAGAGGCUGCGGAGCGUGAAAAGCGAAUCCAAGAGGAAACUGAGCGACAAGAGAAGCUUCUGAGUGAGAAUCGCCACGUUCUGGACUCUCAGAUUCGAGAAGUGCGCUCCAUUCAGGAGUCCAACAUGCAUCAGAUGCGGAGGAAUGAAACGGAGUGUCGUGAUGUGAAACUGGAAGCAGAGAAAGUGCAUCAGAGCCGCCAAAAGAUUGAGGAUCUCUUCCAAAAGUGGAAGAAUUGCAGUGAAAAUCGCGCCAAAAAUGCCUCCAAAGAUAUUCACAAUCCACGGAGGAUAAAGAUGCUGAUUGACAUGAGAAUCUCAUGUGUGCGACAGGCAAUUGAGGAGGAUUUGGAUUUCCUGCAGAAUCUCUUGGCGAUUGUGGACGAGGAGAAGCUGAAGCCUUUGGUGGGGAAGUUUCGGCAACAUCUUGAAGACACUUCCAGAGAGAGUGAUCGCGUGAGAAGUCUGUAUGACUCUGAGGCUAAGGCUUUUCUGGUGAACAGGGAAGUUCUCUGGAGCGCCCAGAUUGAGACCAGAGAUCGCUUAAUUCGCCACAACGUGACUGAACUGCUUAGCAGACUGACGCUGGAACGUGAGAAGGCUCUGGCACGCUCUCAGGAGCUAAAUGGCAUCAGAGCGACGCAUCUGCGCGCCAUAGAAGACAGCAAUGAAAUGCUGAGGACACUAACAAGGAACAAGAACGACCAAACUUUGCCCAGAAUGGAUCUGCACAGUGACUCAGCGUCCGUGGUGACUGACGAGAUCGCAGACAGGACAUCCAGGCGGCAGGCGGACGAGUGCGAUUCAAUCGUCAACCAACUGAGCAGCCAGAGAAUUACUCCAGAAGCGGAACCGUCCGGAAGUGGUCCGCGCUUCGCCAGAAAGAAAGUGGCUUGGAUUUGAAGUCACUUGGUAAAAGCUACGCCACUGACAUUUUCAAUAUAAUAAAUUGCGCAUAAGAAUUUUAA